GAAAGGCAUAAUAUAAAAAGGUUAUUACCCCAUCGAACACAGUUUAACCUCUCAUUGCGUCAUCUGCUUUACUUUCUUGCAAUACCUCUCCGGCGAAAUGCACUUGUGUAUUGCAUCAGUAUUGCAUAUUGCACUGAAACAUUCAUGGAGUGUCACAAUUGGCGUUACUGUACUAUAGUCGAUUAAAUGCCGCGGCAAAGAGUGAAAAUAAAUAUAAAGUAGUAUUUUUGUUGGGAAAACGAAUGUUCUUGUGGUUUGCAUGUUACACAAUUGUAUUAAUAUAAUGUUUGAAUCGUACAAUGAUAUAAUAUUCCCUUUUAUGUUAUGACAAAACUAAACUGAUUAGGAGACGAUUUUCUCGUUUAACACUGAAGAAAAUUAAUGUUUCAGACGGAUAAGCUGUAUUCUUACAUUAAAGCUAUACUAUUCAUUGUCACUCAUCUUAAAGUAUUAACUGUCGUAGGAAAAUGAUUAAUUAUUUUUUUACAUUAAUAUAUUGGACCGCUGGAGUUGUCAUUUCUUCAUGGAUAGUGAUUCUAGGUUUAUCUAGUUUAGCCUUCGAUUUUUCUUGUUUGCAGCGCGAUGGACUUGCAUCUGAGUAUGAUUACGUUGUUGUGGGAGCUGGUUCUGCCGGCUCAAUUGUGGCACGACGCCUUUCAGAAGAAGCAAAAGUUUCUGUAUUGUUGAUAGAAGCUGGUAGUAGUUGCUCAUCGUGGAUUUUAGACAUACCAAUUUUGAGCCCUUUCCUGCAGCUUUCUGCCCUGGACUGGCAGUAUCAAACAGUUCGACAAAAACAUGCAUGUUACAGUCUGGAAGGAAAUGCUAGUCGAUGGCCAAGAGGGAAAGUUGUUGGUGGUACCAGUCACUUGAAUUAUUUGAUGUACGUUAGAGGUCACAAGCAAGAUUACGACCAAUGGUCUGAGGAUGGUAAUGCAGGUUGGAGCUAUUUUGACGAUGCACUGCAUUAUUUUAGACGUUCUGAAAAACAAAGUGGCAGAUUCAAGCACGACUCCUAUCAUUCCACUGUUGGUCCAGCUGUUGUCAGUGAUAUCCAGCAUGCAACUCCCUUAGCAGAUGCUUUUCUGAAGGCUGCAUUUGAACUGGGAUAUCCUAUUCAAGAUUUAAACAGUCAGUACCAAACAGGCUUCAUGGAGACUCAGGUGCAUUUGCACAGAGGGCAGCGUUGGAAUGUAGAUUAUGCUUAUAUUGCCCAAAAUAAUAAGAACGCAGUAAAACUGUUCUGUAAUGCUCAUGUUGGCAAGGUGUUGUUUCAAAAUGACUUUGAGGCAGUUGGUGUAGAAGGAGUGCACUUUGGUAAAAAGUUUUCCGUUCUUGCAAAAAGGGCUGUAAUUCUCUCUGCAGGAACAAUUGGCUCUCCCAUGAUUUUGAUGCGGUCUGGAAUUGGGCCAAAAACACAUCUUAGUAAUUUAAAGAUUCCAGUUCUUCAAAAUUUACCUGUUGGGAAGAAUCUACAAGAUCAUGUUACUACUGGAUUGGAUUUAAUUCAGCUUAAUCAAUCACUGUCUAUUGAUUUUAAAAAUAUUGCAUCUGUGUCCUCAUUUAUACAAUACAUGUAUCAAGGAAAAGGUCCAUGGAGUACUACUGGUUGUGAAGCUUUUGGUGUUAUUCAUUCUGAUUUAGUAGAUCAAAGAAAAGAACUUCCAGACUUGCAGAUUAUGGCACUACCUAUGGGGUUAACAAGUGAUUAUGGGGCACAUAUGAGAAAAGCAAUGGGUGUAAAAGAAGAGGUUUGGAAGGAAUAUUUUUCUCCAUUAAAAGGGUCACAAGUUGCUAGUAUUAUGCCAGUACUUUUGCAUCCUAAAAGCAGAGGUGAAGUGAAACUUAAAAGCCAAAGUAUAGAUGAUGAUCCAAUAAUUGACCCUAAUUAUUUGGAACAUGAGGAUGAUAUUAAAACAUUGUAUGAAGGAAUCAAAAUUGUGAAAAAUCUCAUUAAAACUGAGGCAUUACAAAAACUUGGUGCUCACUUGUAUGAAAAGAAAAUUCCUGGCUGUGAGGAUGAAAAGUUUGACUCUCCAAAUUACUGGUUAUGCUAUAUAAAACAUCUCACAUUAACAUCUUACCACCCUGUUGGGACUUGCAAAAUGGGUCCACAAACAGAUAGAACUUCUGUUGUGGAUUCCAACCUCAGGGUACAUGGAACAAAUAAACUUUUUGUAGUCGAUGCUUCUGUGAUGCCAAGUCUUCCUAGUGGAAAUGUGAAUGCAGCAGUAAUGAUGGUUGCUGAAAAAGGAGCUGAUUUGGUGAAAGAAUUUUGGCAUCAAACAGUGAAAAAAUGUAAUUUAUGGACAUUAUUUCAAAAUACUGCCAUGACUAAUAACUGAUUGUGUGUUUUUAAUAUUGUAAAUAAACGUGAUUGUGUGUAAUUACUGAAAUUAUUGAAAGUUCUUUAUGUCAUUUGUUAUAAAAUAUAUUUUUGGAAAGAAUUGUUAUGAAAAUGAAUUUGAAGGCUGUUUUCUGUCUCUUGUAGUUUUUAUUUCAUUCCUAUCUUCAACUGUGAAAGAAUACCCUUUAACUAGAGGAUGAAUUUUGAUGACC